AGACAGAGGGAGGCAGAGAGACAGAGAGAAGCAGAGAGACAGAGAGAAGCAGAGAGACAGAGGGAGGCAGAGAGAGUCACAGAAGCGAUGGAGAACCAGAGAAAAAUGCAGGAGAUCAAGAGAGUCAAACAUCUGCUGGAGCUACUGAUGGUGGAUCUACAACUGGCCCACCAAGAGAUAGAGAGAUUGAGGCUAUGGCAGAAAGUCAUGGAGGAUCAGCGACCAAGACUGGCCUGGAACAACAAACCUAUUGAGACAGAAAGAGAGAGGGAAAGAGAGAGGGAAAGAGAGAGAGAAAGGGAGAUGGAAAGGGAGAGAAAAGCAGAAUUGGAAAGACAAGAAAUGAAGAAGAAAGUGAAACAGGCAGAAGAAACGAUAAAAGCGUUAGAACGAGAGAUUGAGACAUUGAAAGAGAUGGAAAAGGAAAUCAUAUUUGAAAGAGAAAGAGACAUGCGUAUUGCAGGGAAUGAGAAAGUCAAACUGGUUAACGGAAAGGUAAAAGAGUUAGAGAGAGAGGUUGAGAGACUGAAAGAAGAUAUGACAACAAAAGAGAUUCAAUACAAAAUCAAAUUUGAAAGAGCGAAAGAAGCAUAUAGAAGACAGAAGAAACCAAAUGGACAUGGAGGAGAAGAUGGAGGGUGA